CUCUCACAGGAUGUUUCCCCAUCAUCCCUCACUGUCCCUGGAUGAGUUUGCCACCUCUUCUGGCUGUGGUUUGGAUGCUGGGGAUUUCCACUCUGCUACUGGUUCUCUGAGACUUCCCAUGUGUUUGCUUACUUUUGCUCUUGCUUUUCCAGCAGUGCUCGAGAGCUGUCACUGUGCUUCCUUGCAUGACAUCCUGGGAAACAUUGGUCCUUGCCUUGCCCUCAAACUUCCACCAAGCCAGGGAACUCCUCCUCUCUGUCUUCCCAGGGUUCUUAGUCCCUUUUCUGCUCCUUCCCAGUUGUGACUGUCCUUCCCUUCUACCACCUCCUCAAUGCUUCUGCUCAGGUCAUAAGGACAUUCCCCUUCCAUGAGGGUCUGAAUCAAAAUCUUUUAAUGAACUGGUCUUCCAUUGUUUAGGCAGCUGUGAGACACUGAAGAGGGAACACAGCUCUGAUCCUUGCAGAGCUGAAGAUCUUUCCCCUCCUCCCAAAAGUUCUCUGAAGAUAGCAAAGGUUGCAGCCAGAGACACAAACAUCCCGGACACUCCGUUCCCAGACUUCAGAGCGUGGGCUUGGCCUGUGCUGUCCCCAUGGAUCCUGGACAUGAGGCAGGGCAGGGCUGGAGAUGACACAGACACCCAAGAGAUGCUGGGACAGAGAAUUGCUCCAUGUGUAGUAUCCACAGCAAAAUCCUGCAGUGGACACCAGGAUCACCAUGUCUGACUCUCCUGCCUCCGGCGUUGGGUCUGUCCCAGAGGCAGAGGAUGGACAAGCUGAGAGCAGGGAGGGAGCUGUUGCUGUGUGUGAAGGCUCCAAAGGAGUAUGGCUGCCUGGAGGGAAACCCAGGGCAAUGGCAAGGUUUCCCCUCUGUAUUGGCUUUGUGUGGCACCGUUUUGGUAGCGGGGGGCUACAGGGAGGCAGAGAUCGAUCCACCUGCAGCCCAUGGAGGAGCCCACCCUGGAGCAGAGGCAUGCCCGAAGGAGGCUGCGGCCCCUCAGGGAGCCUGUGCUGGAGCAGGGUCCUGGCAGGACAUGUGGGGAGAGAGGAGCCCGCGCUGGAGCUGCCUAUUCCUGACCCUGUGGAGGGGACCCAGGCUGGGGCAGUGCAUGAAGAGUUCCUUACAGAAGGAGGACUUGUCCCGUGGGAGGAACCCCACGCUGGAUCAGGGGCGGAGUGUGAGGCAUCCUCCUCUUGAGGAAGAAGGAGCAGCACAGACAGCAGCCCCCAUUCCCCAUCCCGCCGUCGGGAAGGAGGCGGAGGAAGCCAGCAGCGAUUCCGAGCCGGGCAUGAAGAGCGGAGCGGAGGGACGGUUGUCGGACAUUUCCUUGCACCUCCGCCCUGCCCCGCGCCAGGUCAGUUUGGAGGAAGAGAGCCAGAAUCCACCUGCUGUGGGACACUGGAAGCCCCUGAUGCCAUCCAAAGGGGACAAGGAGGAGCCAGAGGGUGGAUGCCAGGAUGCUGGAGGUGUGCAUGAAGGCCAGUCCACGGAGCAGCUCAAUGUGUCCCGGCUGCGCAGCUCCUCGGUGGAGAUCCGGGAAAAGGGCUCGGAGUUCCUGAGGGAUGAGCUGCACAAAGCACAGAAGGAGCUGAAGCUCAAGGACAAAGAAUGUGAGAGAUUGUCAAAAGUCAGGGAACAGCUGGAGCAGGAACUGGAGGAGUUAACAGCCAGCCUGUUUGAGGAAGCCCACAAGAUGGUGAGAGAAGCCAACACCAAACAGGCUGCAGCAGAGAAACAGCUCAGGGAAGCCCGAGGCAAGAUUGACAUGCUGCAGGCAGAGGUGACAGCCCUGAAGACGCUGGUGAUCACAUCCACGCCGUCCUCCCCGAACCGGGAGCUGCACCCUCAGCUGCAGAGCCCUUCCAAAGGUGGCUUCAGGAAGGGCCACGGGCGGAACAAGAGCACCAGCAGUGCCAUGGUGUCAGCUGCCAGCCAGAAUGUGGCUCCAGAGCCCGUCAGCCGGGAGUGCAGAGAGGUCGACUCCAUCUUAUUUGCCGAGUUCCAGGCCUGGAAGGAAUCUCCAACUUUGGACAAAUCCUGCUCCUUCCUGGACAGAAUUUACCGAGAAGAUGUAGGACCUUGUCUGGACUUCACCAAGCGGGAGCUGUCGGAGCUGGUGCGAGUGGCAGUGGAGCAGAACACCCUCACCAUCGAGCCAGUGGCUUUCCAGACUGUCCCUGUGGGGAAGGUGGCAGCAGAAGAGUGUGGUGGCCCCAAUGGCUUCCGGUCACAAAUUGUAACGAAAUGUGCUCUGAGCGGCCUCCCCAGGACCUGCAAGCACCGGAUCAUGCUGGGGGAUUCUGGGAAUUACUACUACAUUUCCCCUUCCUGCAGGGCCAGGAUCACAGCAGUGUGCAACUUCUUCACCUACAUCCGCUAUAUCCAGCAAGGCCUGGUGAGGCAGGAUGUGGAGCUGAUGUACUGGGAGGUCAUGCGGCUCCGCAGGGAGAUGUCUCUGGCCAAACUUGGAUUUUAUCCCAGUGAGAUGUGAGCAGAGCCCUGAGUGUGGAGGAAACUGCUCCUGGAGGAAGGGCUUGGAGUGCAGUGCCUGUCCUGCUCCCUCCCACCUUCCCUCUGCCUGGAGCAAGGAGCAAGAGGCACGAGUUCCACCUUCAGCUGUCCCACUCCUCCAAGUGUGACUGGAAUGCAGCUGCCACGCUGCCCCUGGAGCUGGGCUGGCCCUGACUGCUCCAGGAUGGCCAUCCAUGGACUCUGGAGUCUCCUAUAUGCAGUGUAUAUCCAUUUUUUAAAACCCUUUGUUUUUAUAUGCAGCCUGCUUUGGCAUAACCCGAGGCCAGGCCUGUGCAGGGUGGGAAUUCUGGACCUUCCUUGUGAGCCCCUCUGGCAGGACAGAUGCUGGCUGUCUGUUCCACUCGUUUUUUUGGGAUGGAGGGGGUGCUGUCCCUGAGGUCCUGCUGACCACAGCAGCCCUGAAAAUGCCAGCAGAGCACAAUAAUCUUGAACAGUUUGUUUCCAAGUACUUCCUUGUUCCUUUUCAAGGAGCCUGCAAGAGAAGCUUGUUGCCAGCAGAGUCACAAAGAGGGAUUUGUUCCUGUUUUUAGCUGGAUGUUUGGCACUGGGUUAUGCAGGCUGGGGAAUGGCUGGAGCUGUGCACCUGGGGCCUCCAGCAGAAGAAAGGGAGCAGGGAGAUUCCCUAACUUCCAGCAGGCUGCAGGAUUUUUUUCCCCUGGACUAGGGCAUCUGCUGGAGUUGUCAGAGGCAGAUGCAGGAUCCUGUGACAGUCCCUGGUGUGAAGUCCCCCAUGAUGCUCCUAAACACAAACCUCACCCACAAACAAGUCUUGGAGCUGUUCCUGCUCUUGGGGGAGCUUUGGGCAGUCCUGUUCCCACUCUUCAGGCAGAACCCCUGCCCCUGGUUGGGUUCUUUGUGUCUCCAGAAGGGGCAUGCCCAGGCUGGGCAGUCCCAAGCCCAGAGAUUCCUUCCCAGUGGUACAUCAGAGCUGGAGAUGCCUGUCCACUGGGAAUCAUGACUUUUCCUGGGCUGCUAUUCCCUGGUGAGGGAAUCUGAGACCUCUUUGAGUGCCCAUGAGGAAUGUGGCUGAGGUUCCUGCCUGCCCCAAAAUGUGCUGGGAGGGAAGGAUGUCACUGGAGCUGUAGGAAUGCACAGGCCUGACACAUCCUGAGCCCAGACCCAGGUUUAUUAAAGCCAUGACAGUAUUUUGUAGCUAAUUUAGCCUUUUUUUCAGUGACUCUGGAAUCAGCUCAGCCAUCACUCACUCUGGGGUUUCCACUUCUGACAGGGUUGUCACCCUGUCCCUCUGCCACCCUCAGCAAGCUGGUGCCCAUCCUCAGCUCCAUAAUUCCAUCCUCUCCUGAAGGACAUUACAGUAGGAACUCGAUUUUCUUCCACUGAGCUGCUGGAUUUUGUCCAGGGGAGAGAGAAAUAACACAGCUCUGGUUUCCCCAGCUGUGGAUUUCAGCUCAGGUGAAUUCCACCCCUGGAAUUUCUCCCUGCAUCUCUUCCCCCAUCCUUUCUAUCUCUUCAAGUCUUCCUGUGCCGUGAGCUGCUGCACAAACAUUGCAGCACUGGGAAUGAGAUGAUCUCUCUGGCUAGGAGAUGUUUUGGUUUGUGGGAUAUUUUUUCCCCCUUGGUGUCACAUUGAAAAGCACUUUGAGACAGAAGGAACUGGAGCAAUGCCUUGUCUGAGGUUGUCUUGCAUUUCAAACAAAGCAGAGAACAAUUUGUGAAGGAAAAUGAAGUCACUCCGUUAGCAGCAGGUUGGUUGCACCCUGCUCUUUGAUAAAGGAAAAUAAACAUUUGCUAUUAACCUCUACAA